AUGUCACUGAGCAAGGACCCCGCAGCUCUUCAGGAGGCAUUUGAGCUACUGCAGUUGCUAGUGCUGGCGCUGUAGAAACAUGACCUUCAGAAAUUUGUCUCCUAAACAACCCAGAAUCUAGUUGAGUUAUUGAUGUCAGCGUGGCCAGGGCUUCGUUUCUUUCAGAUCCUUUCAGGGUGGCUGGUUAAUCUCGUUUUAUGUUACAUGCUAAAUGUUACCUGCAGAAGAAGAAAAGAGCUUACCUCUUCCAGAGGGAUGGCCCCGAGCCAGCAAAUUCGCUCUGUCAGCCUGUGCAGCGGCUGUGGCAGAACUAGUGACAUUUCCCCUGGAUCUCACGAAAACUCGACUGCAGGUCCAAGGUGAAGCUGCCGUUCAUCGCAGCGGAGCUGCUGCUGGCGAGCCUGCCCCUUACCGUGGCAUGCUGCGUACCGCGGCUGGCAUUGUGCAAGAGGAAGGCUUAUUAAAGCUCUGGCAAGGAGCCACCCCUGCUAUCUACAGGCACAUAGUAUACUCUGGAGUGCGGAUGGUGGCAUAUGAACAUCUUCGUGACUCUGUGCUUGGCAGGGCUGAGGAUGAAAGCUUUCCGUUCUGGAAAGCUGUAGUUGGAGGCAUGUCUGCAGGUGCCAUUGGUCAAUUUUUUGCCAGCCCAACUGAUCUGGUGAAGGUACAGAUGCAGAUGGAAGGAAAGAGGAAGUUAGAAGGAAAACCGUUACGAUUUCGAGGAGUGCACCAUGCAUUUAUGAAGAUCCUGUCUGAAGGAGGAAUACGGGGGCUUUGGGCUGGAUGGGUGCCAAACGUUCAGAGAGCUGCUCUGGUAAACAUGGGAGAUCUGACCACUUACGAUUCAGUGAAACACUUUUUACUCCUGAACACACCACUUGUGGACAACAGUGUGACUCACAGUGUUGCCAGUGCAUGUUCUGGCCUGGUAGCUGCUGUUCUGGGAACUCCUGCUGAUGUAGUCAAAACCCGGAUAAUGAACCAACCAAGAGAUAAUCAGGGAAGAGGUCUGCUGUAUAAGUCUUCCAUGGACUGCUUAAUUCAAACUGUACAGGGUGAAGGGUUUAUGUCUCUAUACAAAGGCUUCAUACCAACCUGGAUGCGAAUGGCUCCUUGGUCACUGGUAUUCUGGCUUACGUAUGAACAAAUCAGAAGGAUCUGUGGAGUUAGUUCGUUCUAAAAUCUUGAAACCACAUCAAUACACACAAAACAAAGAAGAAUUGGAAAGCUUAAUUCUCAUUCCACAAAGCACCCCCAACCCACAGACAACCCACAACUAACUUAUUUAGGAGAUUUGCAGUAGUAUCACAUAUAUAGGCUUAUGCCCCAGAUCCAGUCCUUACUCAUUAGGACUAGCCCUGAUCUAAUGGCACUAUUUGCUCAGGAGACUGCUAUCUGAAAUUUAAGUUAUCCACAGGAUAAAAAGCAUCAGCUUUUGGGAAGAAUGAACAGAGGUAAAAAAUCUACCAAGCAAGUAGAUUAUAAUACUGUUUUUCCUUUUUAUAAUAGAGAUGGUUCCUAUAAUUAAGGACAAGAGUAGGUUGAACAAUGCAGCACUGAACAUCUUCUGUGGCUAAGCAGCGGGCACAUCUAUAAAAUUAAUUGGGAAUUUUUUGUUACUAUUACAUUUGUAUACAUAUAGAAAAAGAACUACCUCUCCUUAGUUUGAUGCCUCAGCAAUUCAAGCAUGAAGUGUUAAGUACUGAAAUAAUUAAAGCAGUUGAUCUGAUUUCAAGUAUGUUUUGCUCAAAAGGUAAAAUGGCUUGUGUUCAUCUGAACUCCCAGAGAUUGUCUAACCUCUUCACUCAAGCAUUUGAAUAUUAUUCUAUGCAUAUUCAUGAGUGAAAUUCAUUCCUGUACCUGGGAAUCAAAAGCCUUGUUCACUUUAAGUCCCCCUUGAGAAGAUGAUAAUACACAUGCUGUCCGCAGGACAAAGCUGAACUACUUGUCUUCUGAGGAUCUCAGUGCUGACCUGGCAGACCGGGUAAUCAAUGCACCACUUUUCUGUGGAAAUAAACACUCUGCCUGCCUAUUUUAAAUCUAGGUGGAAGCAUAGUUACAGUAUUUUCCUCAUAAACAUGUUUGAAUACACAAGUGAUUUUUUUAAAACGUAAAGCUUUCCAGAUUUCAUAGGAAAGGGGACUACAGCUAUUUGUUGUUAGGCUUAUCUCUGGCAAUCAGGAGGCAAGAAUGCAGUGUAACAGCAAUCAUAAUGUAGCUAGAUGAUAGAACAAAGCUGGCUUUGAUCUAGCAAUAUCUAGUAAUGACCGGACUGUACAAGGCUUAACUGCCUGAGUAAAGACUUGAGAUUACUUCUAGAUUAGUCUUAGCAACUAGAAUCUUCAAUGGGCCAAUUUAUUGUUAAAUGUAGUUUGGGUAUCUCUUCUUGACUGCACUUAUGCUCUUUGAUUAUAUUGUAGAUCUGUUGUGGCUCUAUGUGUUUGGGUUUGGUGUUGAAUUGCAAAGUGUGAUUCUAGUUUGGAAAAACUGCUCUGUAAAAAUUCAUCCCCCCAUUACUAGGAGAUCAAAAUGUUUUUGUUCAGAAAUAUUUUUAUUUUUCUAUUUGUCAGCUUGAGAAACUAAUAUGAGUUCUCUCCUUCUUGCACAUCAUCACCAGCAAUUAUAAACUGGCAGGCAAAGCUGCUGCUUCAGUUACAUCCUGAGUGGUCCUGCCUGCAGGAUAGACCUGAUGCUGGAUAUGUAGAAGUGCCUGAUAUAAAAAAGCAAUUUUAAAAGUCUUUUAGUGAAAAGCU